UAUAAAUACGACGGUUCGGACGGAGCCGAUGUUCAGUCGCAACUCGGCGUUCGCAAGGAACAACAGAAACCAGCUGAUUUCUCGCUCCGCUUGGAAACCACCUCGCUAGAAAGCCCGUGUGAUCGUUCAAACGUCCUAAACCUGACAAAGUAGCAACGCGUAUCCGCAAACAUUUCGCUCAAAGCCUGCUUGCUGAAGUGUGUUGCACCAUUGGUGUCGAAACUGUGAAAAGCAAACGCGUGCAGGUCCGUCGGUGGAAAUCGCCAACAAAAGUUCGUUUCGCUUCGUUGUUGUGGAGUGAAUUUAAAAACAGAAAACUAAACAUUUAACAAACCGCAAACUUGCAGUGGGAAGAAGUGAAGGCUUAAAGCCGUUUCAACAAAACCAAUUGUUGCACGCCAAGUGAAAAUAAAACUUCAGUAAAACGUCUGAAGUGGGUUAAACACAAACUGAGGAACAAAACUAAAGGAAAAAAAACAUUCAACUUGUGCCUUGCAAGCGGUUCAAAGUCAAACCGUCAGCUGACAUCGUGUACGUUCGUCCCUCUCGAAGGAGACACUUUGUUUUGAAAAAUUGUCUUCAAGUGCGAAGCUAUCAGCAAUCAGCAACAGCAGCAGCAUGUCGGUGGCCAGUGUACAAGCGCCCCAUCUUGCCGAUUUGUGCAGUUCGUUGAGCCGAACCAGCCUGAGCAUGUCCUCGUCACUGUCCGAUCUCGUCGGUGGCAGCCCGUCGCUCGGUGCCGUCUUUGACUUUCACUACUCGGACGCGGUGCUGACGAUCGAGGAGCUGCGGGAACAGCUCGGCUCGUGCUACACCUGCGGCGUGUCCUGGACCGAGGACCAGGUGUCCCUCGAUUGCACCGAGUGCGGUGGCUACAGUCUCGAGCGUCCCUGCAUGCUCUGCGAUGGCAACUGCGGUCAGCUGUGGAAGCGCGAUUUCACCAUGAGCCACGCUUGUGGGAAAUCACGCUGGCAGGGCGUGUGCACCAAGUUCCCGGCCCAGAUGAUGCAGCCGCUGAGCAGUUGCGCCAGCUUCGGUAGCCACCAUCAGCUGACCGCGGCCGCCAGCGCCGUGCCCGCCGCAACCUGCGCCUCCAGUGCCAACCAGCAGCACUUCCUGCAGCAGGAACUGUGCGCCCGGCUCGAGAAGCUUUCGGCCAAUGCUGCGCACUCGUAAAACUCGCGCCUUAGCAGCGUGCACUUAAAACUAGAAGGUUCUCCUCGAGCACCAACCCUCGACACUAAGCGGCAGCAACAGCAGCACAGACCACGUGUUGGCGAGUGUGUGUGUCUUGGCAUAAGAUUUCUUUACUGAUUAGGAGAGAAAGAGGGAGAGAUUGUGCACCAGGGAGAAGAGUAGGAAAAGGAAGCUUCUGCCGUCUCCAUGAAGCGUCGUCGGUCCGGCCAUAAUUUGAUUGUCAUUAGAAUGUUUGUGUUUUUUGGUUUUUCUUUACCCGUACUACAGGGUCUAUGAAGUUCCUACUUCCAUUUUGUUGUUCCUAGUGGGUUAAACCCCCUCUCUGUAUUUGGAAACAAUUCGAACAGAAACGAACAGAAGUAGUGAAAGAUAGAUAGUUCGAGUUGCAUUUGUAUCUGGUCUCUGUUAUAUACAUCGUCAUGUUUUAAACCCCCUGUCGGUUUACGUUCCAAAAGGAGGGUUUCAUUCGGUAACCUCUAUCACCUAUCGCGAGGAAAAAUGGAACACAAAAAUCAACCGAAAACGGCACAAAAAUUAUGUGAUAAAAUGUUGCUCAAAAUCAAUGAAUUUCAAAAACCCUCAGACGUAGACCGCCGGACACAGUGUAGGAGGGGGUACGACAGCGAGCCAGCUGAAGGCCGGAGCGGAGGAAGAUGAUGGUUCGACGAGCGGCAGAGGAACUAGGUUUAAAACUACCAGUAGGACGUUAAGCAGUGUAGCUAAAUGUGGGGGGGAAUAAUUGUUUUUCUGUGAAAAACAUAACAUUACUACUCUGAUCUGUAGCAGUGUAGCACUAUAUAUUGUGUAGGUAAAGUUAAUUGUUUAGCAUUAGGGCAUGGAAAGCUAUGUGUAUAUAUUUACCCGGGGGUAUACCGAAAGUCAGAAGUGUAAGCAUACAAAACAUUUAUUCUCCACAACUACUCGUGAUCGAAACGAACAGGCAAAACACCUUCAUCAGAUGCAGAAUUUACAAUAGUGUAGGAGUAACAUUUGAUAUUGAACGUAAAAACAAAAUCCUCGUGAUGAGCAUGUUUUGGUUUUGUAUUCUUUUGUGUUUUUUUUUCCCUACCACAAUUAUGUUAACACACGUUCACUUUGUAUGCAGGCGUAUACGAGUCGUUUGUGAAGGGAGCAGGCAGGGAUGGCGGACAGUAGUAUGCCAUCCCGUAGCUUAACUAGGCUUAAGGAAAUUACAUGAAAAUAAUAAUA